UGUGCCUCCAGAACAACAAUACUCAUGGCGACCGAACCUCCGAUGCGCCUAGAACGGCGCAAGUUCAUAUCCCGAUUAGAACGCACCAUUGAACAACUUGAAACCCCCCAGAUCGACCUCUCCGAACUGAACGGGUUGAACAUCUCUUUCCACCCCAUAACGCUCAGAAGCUCAGAUUCACAACCGUCCUUCUUCGCUCGAUACACGUCGCUUCCUGACCCCGAUGAUGACUACCUUGAAGAGCAAUACCGGAUUUACCCUCUGAGUCCGAUCCAUCGUACAAGCAGUUGGAACCUUGGUUGCGCCCCUACGAUCGCGCGAUGGCCUUCUGCGACUACUUGGGAUCGUACAUAUUCAAGGGGACUUGUGGUGGAAUACCAGGGGGUUGGUCUUCAAAAGAUGUUGGCGAUUAUACCACCUACAAGAGCCUCUUUCAGGACGAUGAACCUGCAUUCGGAACGCUUUCGAUGACCGAUAUUAGCGGCCCGGAUUACCCCCAUGUGAAGGCCAUUGUGUACAACAACGUGAAUGCGACUGAUCGGGCAAUACUACGAGGGGAACUGCUAUUAGCCCUUCGCUUGAUGAUCACACAAUUCAGAAAGCGACGUUUCAUCCGACAUAUGGUAGCACCGGUCCUUCUUUUCUCGAUCGUUGGACCACAACAUGCGCGUAUAAUCGAAGCCGCCUUUGAUGGUUACAAUCUCAUUUUGCGCGCAACUAAGAUCUUUGAUCUUCGCUACAAGAACGUCCAGGGCCUGAAAGAUUUUGCAGAGUAUUAUCUGGGACCCCCGAUCGGCCAUACGGUCAAGACAUGAGUCCGGUUUUUUUUUCAAAUUCACCUUUUUAGAUGGGUCCUGGCGUUGUUUGGUCGGCUUAUGAUAGAUGGGUAAUA